AUGAUGAAAGGGUUUAAAAAUAGAUUGACUCGAAAUAAGAGUCAAUCGUCUACCAAAAAGACAGAUAAAAAGGACAAAGAUAAAGAAAAAAGAUCAAGUUCACCUUCUUUAUCAAAUUCAGCAACUACAAACUCUUCAAAUACCAAUAACCAGAACAAUAUCACAACUAGUCAAAGUUCAAAAAAUUUACUUUCUUCAACUAGCACAACCUCAUUAAAGUCAAAUUCUCCAAGUCCAUCUAGAAAUAAUAGUGCAAAUAGUGCCAUAUCCAUAAAAUCAACAAAUAGUAACACUACAAUGAAUUCAGCAAACUCACCACAUGGACUGCCAAAUACGGAUUCACCAAGAAUAGUAAUUCAGGAUGACGGUAAUUAUAACCAUUUUAAUAAUGGAAAUGAUAAUGAUGUGUUCGGUUCACCGAGUCAACAAUCUUCGAAUAGUUCAGGAGUAUUACCCGGAGGUGCAAUUUUAGCUUCAGGACCAUCAUCUGCUGCAAAUUUGAAUGUCAAUUCAAAUAUAUCACCAACUACUAUGCCAUCUAUUGUUACUCCAAACUCAAGCUCGGCAGCAAAUGUAUCAUUUGGUUCUACUUCAUCAUCAACACAACCAGUUACCCCUACACCUACUUCUCCAAAUAGUUCUUCAUCUGCAUAUGAUAAAGCUCAUCACAGUCAGCAUGGAGCACAAACGCAUUAUAAUCAAUUAAAUCCAAAUAUCGCUUCACCGGGAAAGGAAUCAUUUGAUAUAGAUUUGAUUGUUACACCUAAAAGACAUUCAUCAUCUAGAUUUGAACCAACCAGCUCAGACAAAUAUCAAGAGAUUAAUAAAUUACCUAAUUUUGAUGAGGUAUUGCCAGAAGAACAAAUCAAUUUGUUUAUACAAAAAAUUGAUCAAUGUAAUAUAAUGUUUGAUUUUAAUGAUCCAACUUUUGAUAUAAGAGGUAAAGAAAUAAAAAGAAUGACAUUACAAGAGUUAAUUGCUUUUAUAUCGAACAAUAGAUUUUCAUAUACUGAUGAAAUGUAUAAACAUGUGGUUACAAUGUUUAAGAAAAAUCUUUUCCGUCCCAUCCCGCCUCCUGUGAACCCAAUUGGAGAUGUAUAUGAUCCAGAUGAGGAUGAACCAGUUAGUGAAUUAGCAUGGCCACAUAUGCAAGCAAUUUAUGAAUUCUUUUUAAGAUUUAUUGAAUCUCCGGAUUUUCAACAUCAAAUUGCAAAACAAUAUAUAGAUCAUGAAUUCAUAUUAAGAAUACUAGAGUUAUUUGAUAGUGAGGAUCCAAGAGAAAGAGAUUGUUUAAAAACCACAUUACAUAGAAUUUAUGGAAAAUUUUUAAGUUUAAGAAGUUUUAUUAGAAAAUCAAUUAAUAAUGUAUUUUUACAAUUUGUUUAUGAAACUGAAAGAUUUAAUGGUGUUGGUGAAUUAUUGGAAAUUUUGGGUUCAAUUAUUAAUGGAUUUGCAUUACCUUUAAAAGAAGAACAUAAGAUUUUUUUGGUAAGAAUUUUGAUACCUUUACAUAAAGUAAAAUGUUUGAGUUUGUAUCAUCCGCAAUUGGCUUAUUGUAUUGUACAAUUUUUGGAAAAAGAUCCAUCAUUGACUGAAGAUGUUAUAAUGGGAUUGUUGAGAUAUUGGCCUAAAAUUAAUAGUCCAAAAGAAGUCAUGUUUUUGAACGAAAUAGAAGAUAUAUUUGAAGUAAUGGAACCUAAUGAGUUUGUUAAAAUCCAAAUACCGUUAUUUGCCCAAUUAUCAAAAUGUAUUAGCUCACCUCAUUUCCAAGUUAGUGAGAAAGUCAUGAGUUAUUGGUCAAAUGAAUAUUUCUUAACUUUAAUAACAGAAAAUGCUGAGGUGGUGUUACCAAUAAUUUUUGCAUCAUUAUAUGAAUUGACCAAUUCUUCUCAGCCGGGUAUAGAGAAUGGAAUAAUGCAGCAAAAAUUACAAAAUUUUCCCAAUGCUACAGUAGAUGCAAAUGGUAAUUUGGUGGAUGGUGGAUUAGUUUUACAAGAUAUUCAACAAGGUAUAAUACCAAGUGCAAAUGAUCCUAAUCAUCCACAUCAUAACAUUUUCCAAGUACAUGCAUCUGUAAAUAAUAGUAAUAAUAAUCACAAUGAUGGUAAUAAUUUAUCAAAUGAAGGUGAUUUUCAUGAUGGGGAAAAUGAUAUUCCAAUGUCAAUAAAUGGUGAAAACAAUCAACACCAACAUCAUCAUACACAUACAGAUUUAAACGGUAAUGAAUUAUCUGAUGAAGAAUAUUAUGAUCUGUUUAGUUCAAUGCAAGCAGGGAAUUUAAAUUCAGGAAACAAUACAAACAAUACAACAAACUCAAAUACCAAUCCUUUAGGUGACGAAUUUGGUCCUGGUUUUGAAGAUGAUAAUAGUAUGUUACAACAUAAUUCUGCAACAUGCACAUGGAAUAGGUCAUUACAUUCUUUAGCUUUUGGAGCCCUCAAAGUAUUUAUGGAUCACAAUCCUAUUUUAUAUGAUCAUUGUGUUUUAUUAUAUCAUCAAUCAGUAACUGAACGUCAAGAAAGAGAAGAAAUAAGAAGAAAGAAUUGGGUCAAAUUGGAGACUUAUGUUAAGCAAAUCAAAGAACAACAAUUACAACAACUGACUUAUUGA